AUGAGUGUCAUGGCUGUCAAGGAAGUGCUCUCGGCGAAGGGGAAACCCCAAUUCUUCGUGGAAAACUACCUUUAUGAAGUUGAGAAGACGGUUGGUGGCAGGACAUCUUACUGCAGAUGCAUCAAGCAAAGGAGGGACGGCUGUCCAGCAAGAAUAACUAUAUUGAGAUGGCCAGAACCGAUGGUCCAAAGGCAGACUGGCGAGCAUACUCAUGCACCCGACACCGGCGAAUUCAUCAGGAGGCAGGCAUCCGCUCAAAUGAAGGAUGCCGUUCUCGAAAAACAGGAUAAAGGUGUUAAACGAGUUCAUUCUGAGGUUCUUGCCGAGGAAAGUCGAACGGACAUUGUCGUUGAGGGCUUGUACGGGAAAACUUUGAGCGACGAAGAUUUCCUCUUGUUCGACGACGGCCUCGAGGACAAAAUCCUGGCGUUCGGCACCGACGAAAUGUUUAGUAUCUUGUGCGAAUCGCCCACUGUUUUCAUGGACGGAACGUUCAAAGUAGUUCCCCACCUCUUCUUACAGUUGUACACCAUUCAUUCUUUCCACAAGGGUCAGAUGUUUCCGCUCGUAUUCUUCCUUCUCCCAGACAAGACCAAGGAGACUUAUCGUAGGAUGUUUAGUCUGUUGAAGAAUCAUGCCGAUGCGAAGGGCAUGGUGUUUGCCCCUCGCACAUUCCAGCUAGACUAUGAAGUGGCAACCCUGAGAGCCAUACAACUCGAAUUCCCGCUGUCGGAGAUCAAAGGCUGUAAUUUUCAUUUUAGUCAGAGUCUCUGGAGAAAAGUUCAGCAUCUUGGUCUCGUCUCUCACUACAACGAUCCGUCGGUCAAGAAACUCAUCCGGUCCUGUUUUGCCCUCAGCUUGGUACCGUUGGACAGAAUUGACGACGCUUGGCUAGGAAUCGACGCAGAGUCUCCGGCCGCGGAUCAUCCAGCGUAUGAACGAGUAGGAGUUUUCAAGGAGUAUGUAAUCAAUACUUGGUUGGAAAAUGGGUCGGUGUUUCCACGUAGUUUGUGGAAUCACUACCGCAACUUCGGUGCUCGGACAACCAAUCACGUCGAAGCGUGGCAUAGCGCGUUGAGUCGAACGAUCAGGAAAGAACAUGUAAACCUGUUCCAACUGAUCAACUUCCUGAAAAAACAGGAAGAUAAAGGGAGAGCGGACAGACUGUUGCUCCAGGCAGGACAAGCCCCACCGAGGCUCUCCUCGAAGUACAAGAGUCUCAACGACCGCCUUAUUCGACUGACGGACGAAUUCGAAUCCGGCGCGAAGAGCUACAAUCAGGUCGCUGGAAGGGACUUCCAGGGACUGUAUGCCCCAGUAGCUCGUUUCGAAACCAUCAGAACGCUCCUGGCGGUCUCAGCACAGGAGGCACUGACUCUAUGUCAAUUCGACGUGGCUGCGGCCUUCUUGCACUCAGAUCUAAGAGAAGAAAUUUACACCCCUCAGCCAGAAGGUUUUGAUGACGGAUCUGGGAGAGCUUGCGAGCUGCUGAAAGCUUGUUACGGGUUGAAGCAAGCUCCGAAAGAAUUUAACAGCAAAAUCAAGAAAUGCUUCCGGGAGCUGGGAUUGAACCAGAGCACCUCGGACCCGUGCAUGUUCUUGUACGAGGGACCGAAACGACUUGUGGUAGUUCUAUAUGUCGAUGAUGGAAUCACGGGAGCCUAA